GAAAUGCUGAGCUCUCCAUCAUAAGGGACAAAGUCCCCUGAGAAUGGGAGAAGAGCAAACACCCUCGAUGCAGCAGUGCGGGCGAAGGAAGCGUCUUUCUGGAUACGCUCCCUGCCCUUGCGGUCUUCCUCUCUGCCUUGGACCAGCUCGCAUCCGGCUGCAACCUGCCCUUGCUUUCCCUCGUAAAAAAGAAAAAGAAUGGAGCAGCAGCUGGCAAGGUGUGCUACUCACUUCCUGCAGGUGUGCAAAACAACGGUGCUCCUCGUUUGAACCCUAUUGAGGCCAUAGCACCUGCAUCUCCUACUUUGCAUGGUAGCAAAGGCUUUGCCGCAGGCUGGGUCCCCCCCCCCCAACCGCAACAUGGCUGAGAAGCAGAGCCAAGGACUGGCAGCCGAUUGCCCCGUCUGCUGGAACCCUUACGACAACACCUUCCGCACCCCCAAGGUCCUCCACUGCCAACACUCCUUCUGCAUCGAGUGCCUGGCUCACCUCAGCCUGGUGUCCCCCGCCCAGAACCGCCUGCAGUGCCCGCUCUGCCGCCAGCCUACCGUCCUUCCCUCUGACCAGCCGGUCACCGAGUUGCCCACCGACGAUGCUGUCUUGCGCCGGCUGCAUUUGGAGCCCAAACACAUCGUCCUGGAAGGUCGGCAGCUGUGCCUGAAGGAGCAGUGCAAGAGCAGGUACUUCCUGCGCCAGCCCAGGGUCUACACCCUCGACUUGGGCCCGGUGACAGACCCCAGCCUCGAGAGCUACCGUGAGCCCGUCCGCCCAGCGACCGCCACCACCACCACUACCACACUGCCCAACCGCUCCCGGCUCUGGCUCCACGGCUGCAACCCCCAACUUCGUAUUUUCACCUACCUGAUGGCCGUCAUCUUAAGCGUGUCUUUGUUACUCAUCUUCUCCACCUUCUGGACCAGGCAGUUCUUCUGGGGGUGGGGGUGACAGGGGCUGGCCCUAUCGUUAGGUAGAGUGCGGCGGCCGAUGCUGGGAGGGGUGGUGGCCAGGGAGUGACAUCAAAGUGUCGGGAGGACAGAUCUGUAUGAGCCACUCAGCCUGCCCUGCGUUUCCGAAGCCAGCUUGCUGCCUUCAAGUGCCCUGGAAGAUUUUAUGCCGUCACCAGUCUGGUCAAUUUUGGUACAUCUUCGCCCCAGGCAACAUAAUGGAUUGGGCUGUCCCUGGUCUGAAGUGUGAACUUGAGAGUUACUUGCAGACUUUUAAAUAGGGAUGUGGACAAGGAGGACACAGAGUCCCUAUAUUCAGGGUGGGCAGGAGGGACACCAUAAGAAUCUAAGAUGAGCCUGCUGUAUGAGGCCAAAGGGGGCCCAUCCAGUCCAGCAUCCUGCUCUCACAGUGGCCAACCAGAUGCCCAUUAUGGGAAGUCCACAAGCAGGACCUGAGUGCAACAGCACUCUCCCCUCCUGCGGUUUCCAUAUAUUCAAAAGUAUAACACCUCCGUCAGUGGAGAGUGCAACUCUCCACUUCUGAAUUUGGCUGAGUGAGUAAAGAGAAACAAACAGGAGAGGUGGAGCUGAACCGGCAUCUUCCUCUGUGCCAAAAGCCUCUGCCACAGCCAACAGUGAGCACUCGACAGCCAGGGAACAGUCUACUGCAAUGCUGAAGCUGUGAACCAGAAAGGCUACGGCUUUUGCCUUCCUCUCUCUGGGAGACCAGACUCAGUUGUUGCCCUCGGGAAGCUCACAUUAUACAGAUGAAGCCAAAUGUCGUUUUUCCUAAACGAGGCCAGCUCAUUUGCAGUGCUUGAAAAGACACUGGCAGGGCCUACCAGAAGGAUUUCCGCCCCUUGGUGGUUUUGAGGCCAAACGCACACAAGAUUAAAUGCAGUUUUUGCAUCUAAACUGCAGUGCUUUGUUGCUUUUAAAAAUCAAAUUGCAUCACUUGGGGGGCAGGCAGGAGGAAUGUAACCCUUUCCUGUCCAUGAGGAAAAUCCCCCCUAAAGGCAGUAUUUGCUUGGGGGGAAAUCCCCUAUUACCCCCCUCCAAUGCAGAUUGCACCUUCAGAGGAAGGCUAUUUCUCAGGAGGCAGCAGAGGGAAGAGUCAAUUUUCCUUCCAUCCCAAGAAUUCUCUCUCCUCCACCUGCAAUUUGCAUUUUUUAAAAAAACAAAAAAAACCUGCUGUUUAGAUGCAAAGACAUAUUGCAUGUCACUGGUAGUUUGGCUCUGAGGUUUUUUGUGGCCAGCAGACGGGCUGUCCUGGGCAGGCAGUGUGGGGGGGAGGUGAUCCUCCAGCUCCCAUUGGCCUCAGCCCUCAUGGCCAAUGGCUAGGGAUGAUGGGAGCUGUAGUCCAGCAACAGUUGGAGGGCCACACAUUAGCCCCCUCUGCUUUAAGGCUUGCUUUCUGCUAGGGGUGGAACAUUCAGGAAGGGGUCCCCCCCCUCCAGUUCCAGAGUGCGUUUAAAUUCAAAUAAAGGGAUAUAUACACAGCUAGAACAACCUCCUGUUACUGAACAGUCUUUUUUGUGUCUCAGCAAUGACACAAGAAGGACGGCAGUGGAAAUGGCUUGUCAUUAGGCCUCGUUUCCUCCCAGGAAGAGGACCCAGUUGUGGGUGCAAACUGAGUCUUGCAAAGAGGUGGAUUGAGCAGAUCCUGACCGAGGUGUACUUGCGAUCCAAGCUAAUUUGUGCAGCUCAAUGCUGCCAAGGUGUGGGGGGAAGACAAGUAUUUUUAUGCACAGAACAGGCCACACAGACUGUUACUGCGCCUGCAAACUGGAACAGGACACAAGUCCAAAGCAAUCUGUUAGAAUCUGAUGCCUUCCAACUUCUAACAGCUCCAGCAAAUAUGGCCAACACCAGUAUCUGCUGGACAGGAGCCCAGUGACAUCUGGGGACGGGGACACAGGUUUCCCAAUCACUGCAUUAGGGGGCUAUAUUGCCCAUAAAUGUGAUCAUCCAGCACGUACAAUCCUUACAACAAAGCACAAAGUCCAAGGACUGUUUUAUGUUUUGCCGUCAUAGCUACAUGACUUCUCUCAGGCCAAAUGCGCACGCCUGGUUGUACGUUUGAUGUGUCAGAUUAUCAUGUUUGCGAGGACAGCAUAGCACUAUUUUAAUAUGUAGUAUGAGGGUGCUGGGUUUGUUGACGAGAAAAGCCCUCCUUGUACAUGGAUUUGAACCCUUCCCCCCAUCAAGUGCUUGCAUUCUCUGGGGCAGCCGUGGGGAACCGUUAGCCCUCCAGAUGUUGCUGAACUACAGCUCCCAUCACCUCUGGUCAUUGGCUGUGCUUGCUGGGGCUGAUGGGAGUUGUAGUUCAGCAACAUCUGGAAGGCCAAAGAACCUUCACCUCUGCUGCUGGGGGGGGCAUCUGGCAGGAGCCAGUGGCCCCGCACACUCUUUGCAAUCCCCUUUUCUCUCUCUCUCACCCAUCCUCUCCCCUCGCUACCCACAUAAAAUUAGGCUUAGGGAUGCAAUUUGCCCACUGCUGAGUUACGUGGAGGGAUCUAAGAGACCAGAAUUGGUGGCUGCCAUAUCACAUCUACAGUUUCUCUUCCACUCCAGUCACCAAGACCCCUGAAGGUUGCAUGAGAGCAUCGUGGGCCAGCCACACACAGAGCACCAACACACCGCCCUGUCCCCCCAAUAGGCUCAAGUGAGAUUUAUCUAUCUAUCUAUAUAGAUAAAAAUAAAUGCUGGACUGGGAAUAUGAGGUAACAAGA